CUCCCAUUAAUUUUGCUACCAGGAGCAAAAUUAUUGUGGCAAGUUGUACGUCAGGAUAUUGCCAACAUUUCAAGUGCCAAAUUUUCAAGAAUUCGCUACAACUAGUACUUCAAAUCGUACUUACAUUGAAGGGUGUAAUGGUCCGAAACUGUGUUGUCCGUGGCUGUCACUCAAAACAUGCCAGUGAUGUUCGGCUAUUUUCAAUCCCACUUUCUUAUGACAAUAGAAACCCGGAUGAUUUUAAUAUUCUUAGUGAAAGAAGGUCGUUGUGGCUAAGUAGAUUACACAUUCAUGAGGGAGACCUCAAAAAGAAGUCAUUUGUGUGUCAUAAACAUUUUGUUUCGGGUAAACCAUCAUAUUAUCGUGAUGUUGACAAUGUUGAUUGGGCACCAACACUUAACCUUGACAACAACUACUCUACUCGAUAUCAAAGAAGGAAGAGAUACAACAUCAACAGAGAUAAAUUGUGUAAUGUAAUGGACCACAACAUUACUGACACUUCUGAAGUUGUUGCUGAAUCUGAUCACAGUCAACUCAUGGAAUCAAAUGAAAAUGAUGGCCCUCUAGAUUUGUCAGUUGGCUUGAAACAUAUAGCAGACAUCGAGCAAGAGUCAUUUGCACUUCCACUUAUCCUUCCAGAAUUAACACCAAAUUCAGAAAAUCCUACAACAGAAACUGAGUCAGUAGAAGUCAGUGCACUUAAAGAAGAAAUCAUCAAUCUUCAAUCACAGUUGGCUACAUUGAAUAAGGAUUACAUCGCCUUAAAGCAAGAGUUCCACAUGUACACACAACGUCCGAUAACAUCCAAUUUCUUCGCCAAGUGCCAAAAUAGCGACAAGUGGAUGCAAGUGUACACUAGUCUCACUACCGCAAAAUCCUUUGAAAUAAUCUACAACGCAGUGUCUUCAGCCAUUCCAGAAAACAACAAUUAUUCAUUGUGUAAGAGACAACAACUAUUCCUAGCACUAGUUAGAUUAAGUCAUAACUUAAGUGAGAUGGAUUUAGCAUUCCGCUUUAAUGUAAGCUCUGCUACAGUUUGUCGUUAUUUUCACUCUUGGAUAGAUGCUAUAUACCUUAAAUUGCGUAAUUAUGUUAUCAUUUGGCCAACUCUUGAUGAGUUGAAUGUAGCGAUGCAAAUGUGCUUUCGCAGGAGUUACCCAAGAACGGUGUCUAUUAUGGAUUGUUUUGAGACCCAGAUUCAAAUACCUCAUAACAGGAACGACCAAGCAGCAACCUAUUCUACUUACAAGAGCAGAAAUACGGUUAAGUACUUGAUUUCAACUACCCCCCAUGGAACAGUCAAUUUUAUUUCAAAAGGAUAUACUGGAAGAAAAUCCGAUCAAUUUGUGGUUAGACAUAGUGGUUACAAAGAGAAUCUUAAAGAGGGUGAUGGAGUAUUAGCAGAUAAGGGAUUUGAUGUUGCAGAAGAGAUAGGAUUGAUGGGAGCAACGUUAACAACUCCAGCGUUCAAAUCGUCUGACCAAUUAACACAAAAGGAAACGGAAGUUUCAAGGGGGGUUUCUAAUGUAAGGAUUCAUAUUGAACGGGAAAUAGGAUCUAUCAGGAUGAGGUUUGACAUAAUGUGUGGUCCAGUUGUCAUGUCCAACCUGUAUAAUUUUGAGGAAAGUGUAUGUUUGUAUGACAAAAUAGUUGCAGUGUGCUGUAUCAUAAAUAAUUUAAAUCCAAGUCUAAUCUUUAUCUAGUUUAAUCUAGAUAGA